GAGGCGGUGGCAGCUCCGGCGGGUCUCGGGAUUGCGGAAGUUUGUGUUCGGAGGGGCCCAGGGCCGGCGGAGCUGUGGUGGUUUACAAGUUCCGGAACGGAGGCCGCGGCUCCGGGUCCGAGCGCCACGAGCCUCCAGAGGUGGGUCACACUGGGUGCGAUUGGGCGUCGCGGCCUCGGGCUUCCUCCGUUCCUCGCUCGUCCCCGAGGAACCGCCUCAUCUCCACCAUGGCUUCCACCGGGCCCAACCUCCAGAAAGCCAUAGAUCUUGCUAAUAAAGCAGCACAGGAAGACAAAGCUGGCAACUAUGAGGAGGCCCUGCAACUCUAUCAACAUGCCGUGCAGUAUUUUCUUCAUGUUAUUAAAUAUGAAGCACAAGGUGAUAAAGCCAAACAGAGUAUCAGGGCCAAGUGUACGGAGUAUCUUGAUAGGGCAGAAAAAUUAAAAGAGUACUUGAAGAAAAAGGAGAAAAAGCCACAGAAGCCAGUAAAAGAGGGACAACCAAGCCCAGCUGAUGAGAAGGGGAAUGACAGUGAUGGGGAAGGAGAAUCUGAUGAUCCUGAAAAAAAGAAACUACAGAAUCAACUUCAAGGUGCCAUUGUUAUAGAGCGACCAAAUGUGAAAUGGAGUGAUGUGGCUGGACUUGAAGGAGCCAAAGAAGCACUCAAAGAAGCUGUGAUUCUGCCUAUUAAGUUUCCUCAUCUUUUUACAGGUAAAAGGACACCUUGGAGAGGAAUCCUACUGUUUGGGCCACCUGGGACAGGAAAAUCUUAUUUAGCCAAAGCUGUAGCAACAGAAGCAAAUAACUCAACAUUCUUUUCAAUAUCUUCUUCUGACCUUGUUUCUAAGUGGCUGGGGGAAAGUGAAAAGUUGGUUAAGAAUUUAUUCCAGCUUGCAAGAGAGAACAAGCCUUCCAUCAUCUUCAUUGAUGAAAUUGAUUCCCUGUGUGGCUCCCGGAGUGAAAAUGAGAGCGAGGCUGCUCGGAGAAUUAAGACGGAAUUUCUCGUCCAGAUGCAAGGGGUUGGUGUGGACAAUGAUGGAAUUUUGGUUCUGGGAGCCACAAAUAUACCCUGGGUUCUGGAUUCUGCUAUUAGACGAAGAUUUGAGAAGCGAAUUUAUAUUCCUUUGCCUGAAGCCCAUGCCCGAGCAGCAAUGUUUAAACUGCACUUGGGCAGCACACAGAACAGUCUAAAGGAAGCUGACUUCCAAGAACUUGGGAAGAAAACAGAUGGCUAUUCGGGCGCAGACAUAAGCAUCAUUGUGCGAGAUGCACUCAUGCAGCCUGUUAGGAAAGUUCAGUCAGCCACUCAUUUCAAAAAGGUGCGAGGACCUUCCCGAGCUGACCCCAACACCAUUGUGGAUGAUUUGCUGACACCCUGCUCUCCAGGGGACCCUGGAGCCAUUGAAAUGACGUGGAUGGAUGUCCCUGGAGAUAAGCUUCUGGAGCCAGUGGUUUCCAUGUGGGAUAUGUUGCGGUCACUGUCAAAUACAAAACCCACCGUCAAUGAACACGACUUGUUGAAAUUAAAGAAGUUUACAGAAGAUUUUGGUCAAGAAGGCUAAACCAAAGACAGCAAGGAAGAUGUUUACCACAUGCCUUUCUUUCUUUCAUAGAUAUGUUUUCUGCCUUUCGGGGAUGGCACUGACAUUAUUUCCAGUGACUCUUACCAGUCUACAAACAUCUCACUUCAGAGUUCCUUUUAGUUUGUAUUGUACUUUUCCUCCAUAACCUACCUUUUAAGUGUUCCCAUAGACAAAGAUGGUACAAUAAUGGAUUAUAAGGAAAUAAGCAAUAUGUGAAUGGCGCAUAAACAGAAUUAUCCAGCAAAAAGAGUAUUAAAAAUUGAUAAAUACUUAAAAUUUUUAUGAGUAAUGUUCUUUGCCAAGAGCAUUUUUCAUUUUUUUAGUAAAAUGAAAUAGGGCUUUAUAUUUUGACAAAAAAUGUCUUAAACAUUCUUAUCAACGUGAAUUUUACUUACUUUAUUAAAAAUGAUAGAGUCUUUACUCAGGGAUAGGCAAUAAAACAAUAAAGAGCAUUGAUUGGUA